GAUCCAAGGCAACUGAAAAUCUACUGUGACAGCUCGAGCGCAGGAAUUAGGUCAGAGAGAGAGACGGUAAUAAGAAAUAAUUAAAACGUAGUUGUUUAAACCAGCUUAGCUAAAGAUAAGCUUCAAAUGCGCCACAUCUUGCUGUUUCAGAUGUUUUGGAGCACGGGAGCAGGCUUAAAUCACACCGGAUCCUCACUGCUUUAGAAAGACAUCUCUACUGAAUAAACACCAGUCAGAAUGAAAAGAAGAUUAAUCAGACACAAAGAGGCCAGCGGCUCGUCCUGUGAGGAGCGGGUGGAGGUUUGCAAGAAAGUUAGACAUCCUAGUGAGGACUGUGGGGACGUGGUGUCCACCUGGGCAUGGUUACCCCAGGAGAUCCUGCUGCGUGUCUUUCAGUACUUGCCCUUGCUGGAUCGAGCCUUUGCCUCUCAGGUGUGCCGCGGUUGGAAUGAAGCUUUUCACAUGCCUGAGCUCUGGAGAUGCUUCGAGUUCGAACUCAACCAACCUGCAAGUUCAUACCUGAAGGCCACACAUCCUGAUCUCAUCAAGCAGAUCAUCAAGAAGCACUCUAAUCAUUUACAGUAUGUCAGUUUUAAGGUGGACAGCAGUACAGAAUCAGCAGAGGCAGCCUGCAAUAUCCUGUCUCAGCUUGUAAACUGCUCGAUAAAGACCCUCGGCCUCAUUUCCACAGCACGUCCAAGCUUCAUGGAGUUAAAAAAGUCCCACUUCAUCUCUGCAUUGACCGUGGUGUUUGUCAACUCCAAGUCUCUGUCAUCACUCAAGAUUGAUGACACACCUGUUGAUGACCCGUCACUCAAGGUCCUGGUGGCCAACAACAGUGACACCCUCAAACUGUUAAAGAUGAGCAGCUGCCCCCAUGUCUCGCCUGCUGGAAUCCUGUGUGUUGCAGAUCAGUGCCACGGCUUGAGGGAGCUGGCGCUGAAUUACCACUUGCUGAGUGACGAGCUCCUCCUUGCGCUCUCCUCAGAGAAGCAUGUGCAUCUGGAGCACCUACGCAUCGAUGUUGUGAGUGAGAACCCAGGUCAGCAGUUUCACACCAUCAAAAAAAGCAGCUGGGAUGCCAUGGUGCGCCACUCGCCCAAGUUCAACCUCGUCAUGUACUUCUUCCUUUAUGAGGAUGAGUUUGAGCCUUUCUUCCGGGAUGAGAUUCCCGUCACACACCUUUACUUCGGCCGUUCGGUCAGUAAGGAGGUGCUCGGGCGUGUGGGCAUGAACUGCCCUCGGCUUGUGGAGCUGGUGGUGUGUGCUAACGGCUUGCGUCCCCUGGAUGAGGAGCUGAUUCGCAUCGCUGAGCGCUGUACACAGCUGUCAGCCAUCGGCCUGGGCGAGUGUGAAGUGUCCUGCAGCGCUUUUGUGGAGUUUGUGAGAAUGUGUGGGAGACGCCUCGCGCAGCUCUCCAUCAUGGAGGAAGUGCUCAUCCCUGACCACAAGUACAGCCUGGAUGAGAUUCACUGGGAGGUUUCAAGACACCUCGGCCGUGUCUGGUUCCCGGAUAUGAUGCCUACCUGGUAAGGCAUUUGCAGACUUAUUUGAGCAUCAGAUUAUUGGAUUCAUUACCAGCACAUCAAGCUUUUUACUUUACCCUAUAGGGCAGUUCUAAACUUUUCAGUGUAUUCCAGAUGUUUCCUUGGUGUUUGAGAUAUUCUAGUAUUAAACAUGGCAGGAUACAUCAGUCGUGUUUUUGAAAUUACUUAAAAAAAAAAAAAAAAAAAAAAAGUUUAAGGAGGCACUUCACUGGCGUAAACACUAUUAGAAUAAUGUGGCUUAUUUCUCUGCUGUAUACCUAUUACUGUGUCUGUAUGCUGACAAUCAUGAAAGAAUAAGCUUUUAUCUAUCUCGUCAUUGAAACUACAGCUGUAUUAUCACAGUUGUACGAUGCCGUGUGGUUCAUUUAUGUAGCUAUAUAUUGCACCUGUUUAGUAUAUUUUGCCUUUACAUGUGAAUAGCAUAAUCUAAUUAUUGCAUAUUUUCCUCUCCAAUUUGUAUAUAAAUUAUGAAAACUGGGUAUAUGUAUAUUUAUAGAAAUAAAACCAGGAGAGUUGUUCUGUUGCUUACAAAUAGGUUCAUGAGGCUCAACUCUUUUGAUAAAGGUACAAUCAGUAAGUAGUUUCAUUCUAGGAGUGGGCAAUAUGACAAAAAUAUCAUAUCACGAUCCUUUAAGGCAUUUCUAUGAUGCAUGAUAAUUUUUUUUUUAAAAAUAAACUUCCAGCAAAACAGUUUUGUAUUUUAAAAAAAUAACUGAUAAUUAUCUAUAAACGUUAUUUAAUGUCUAAAUAAAAAAAUAAUUUUUAUAUUUAAAAUAACAUUUUGUUUAUAAAAAAAAAAAGUAACACUGAAAAGGAGAAAAAAAAAUCAUCUAUAAAAAAUCUUUUUGCAAUUUUAAAGAUUAAAUAUGAAAUUUUAACAAAAAAUCAGCUGCUUCGCAAGUUUGCAAUAAAAAACAGCAACAUAAAGAUAUCAUGAUAACCAGGUAUCUAGCGCAUUGUGCCGUCACGGUUUCAAUAUUAUAUGGUUAUAUCGCCCAGCCUUACUUUCUAUCGGUGAUUCUGAGUGACUAUUUCUUCAGAACCUUAUGUUUCCCAUCUACGUGUUUCAAAAAGUGACGCAUCAAAAACCUGGUGAAUUUUGUCUUUGUAUACAGACUGUGAGAAAUGUGGCAAUUAGCCGAAUUUAUACAAUAUUAUUAACUUAAAUACUUUUGAUCUGCAGUUGUGAAAUUCUUUUUUCCAACCAACUGAACAAUCUGAGAUAUAACAUGUUUACUCAUCCUAUAUGCAAAGCUCAAUUCACAUAAUUUAGUUCGUCAUAACUUGGAAGAAGAAGUGGUUAGUUGUGUAUAUUUCAAAGAUGUGCUGAAGGCAGUAUGAGAGAGACUGCUUUCUUGGCAUGAACAGCCUGAUGUUUGAUAAACAACCUCCUUCCCACUUUUUUAAAUAAUCAUCAGAUUUUUAACAGAUUGCUCUCGGGUAACAUCCGGGACCUUUUGAUUUGAGAUGACAUGAAUGUGUAUUAAUGGUUUGAAGGCACUUUAGAUGCAUACUAAAAUAACUACAGAAACCUACAUACAAGCACAAAAGAAGGUAAGAUGCAGGUAAGUAGUUAUUUUUUUGCACUUUGUAAAUAAUCUGUUCAAAAAAAAUAGCAUAAACAGGGUGUUAUGGAUUCCUUUAGAAAUGCUAGCUGUGGCUUCGCAAAACAAUUCAUCCAGACAUAUUUUAGUCCUACAUACUAAACCCUUUUCAGGCUCUUCUGACCCAAAUUGCUGGUGUAUUUAUCCAUUGUUCAAAAUACUGUUUGAUAUAUAAAAGGUACUUAGUUUCUUGUACACUUAUUUAUUCAGGAUUUGAAGUGUCACAGCCCUGUAAAUAUAUUUGAUACUUUAGAUUAAAGGAAUUAUUUCUACUGAUCAGGUUAUUACAUUUAACCAUUUAAUUACAGUGAUGUAUGUUAACACUGCUGUAUUGUCCCAUCAAAUACAUAAAUAUAUAAAUAAAUAACAUGCUGUAUUUAGGAUGGAACACAAAACAGUGACUAACAGAAAAGAACUGAUGGAACUGAUUCUUGGUCUAAUGAAAGACUACAUGGAAAAGCUUCAGAAGCAGAAAUCAACUGGUUUCUACUACAGCUCACCUCUCAGUUCUCAAAAAUAUAUCUGAUCAUUUUUUAUUGUUUGCUUGCAUCUUUUUAAAAGCUGUUCUUGUAUCUAAUGGUCUUUUUUUUUUCUUUUACCCAGAGGGAAUAAGAGGAGAAAAUUUAAAUUUGAAAAAAGUUAAUUAAACUUUAAAUAAUUAAAUUAGUUAAAUAAUUAAAAAGUUAUUUAGUUUUGGGGUGAAAUGGCUGUUUUUGGUUUAAUAGGUGUAUACUGUAUGUCAUAACCAGUGUCUUGUAUCUGAUGAUAAUUGUUUAACCAAAACAGUUAAAUAAAUAGGCUUUGUUGUCUUUGAGAACUUUAAUUUGUGUCAGUUACAGCAUCCUAACACUGCUUCAUCUUGCAUUGUUCAAAUAAACUAUAUAAAAUUUG